CUCUCUUCACAAAUAGGACACAGGAUCUCUAACACACACAGUCCCAAACCUGACUUUCAUGCAUUCGGAUCCCCAGUAGGAGAUUGGGACUAUCUGAAAUCGCACGUUUUAAAACUUUUGACGCGUAAACAUCCGAUCCAGACUUCUGAUUUGCCUUAUAUCAUCCGGACUAUACUUUUUGCCUCUCCUGCUACGCAGACAUUGGAGAAUUGGACUGGUCCCUGCCUCCCAGAUUCUUCUCGCUUUCUCCAUCAAAGUCCGUCGGCUCUGUUUUUAAGGUAUUGAUUGCAUUUGUGUGAAUUUGUUGGUGCAGAUCCUUUCGGAUGUUUUAAGGAUCCGGACAGUUGUAUAUGGAAGUUGUGGGGUGCAAGGCGAAAGAAAGCAGUUGCACAUUGCGUCCAGCAGCCAUGCUUUUCCACGGCAUCUCUGGGGAUCAUAUUCAAGGGAUCAUGGAGGAGAUGGAGAGGAGAUCUAAAACGGAGUCUCGUCUGGGUAAAACCGUUCAGAUGAACGGCCGAGAGACGACAAUGCCCUCCACGAGUCCAGAGAAGCCUGCCUUGUGCGCCGGCUGCGGUGGCAAAAUCUCCGACAGAUACUACUUACUCGCCGUUGAUAAACAGUGGCAUUUACGGUGUCUGAAGUGUUGUGAAUGUAAACUGGCCCUCGAGUCUGAGCUCACGUGUUUCGCAAAGGAUGGCAGCAUUUACUGCAAAGAGGAUUACUACAGGUUCUCCGUGCAGAGAUGUGCCCGCUGCCACCUUGGAAUCUCCGCCUCAGAAAUGGUGAUGCGCGCCAAGGACUCCGUGUAUCAUCUGAGCUGCUUCACCUGCACCACAUGCAACAAAACACUGACCACGGGUGACCAUUUCGGCAUGAAAGAAAACUUGGUUUACUGCCGGGUUCACUUCGAGACCCUUAUUCAGGGAGAGUAUCACCCUCAAUUAAACUACGCUGAAUUAGCGGCCAAAGGCGGGGGCGUCGCGUUGCCUUACUUCAACGGCACCAGCACGGUGCAAAAAGGAAGGCCGCGGAAGAGGAAGAGUCAGGCGAUGGGAAUAGAUAUCGGCAGUUACAACUCAGGUUGUAACGAGAACGAUGCAGAUCAUUUGGAUCGUGAUCAGCAGUCCUACCCUCCAUCCCAGAAAACGAAGCGCAUGCGCACGUCCUUCAAACACCACCAGCUCCGCACCAUGAAGUCCUACUUUGCCAUAAACCACAACCCCGACGCAAAGGACUUAAAACAACUCGCCCAAAAGACGGGUCUGACCAAGAGAGUUCUUCAGGUUUGGUUCCAAAAUGCACGGGCCAAAUUCAGAAGGAACGUUUUGCGGCAGGAGAAUGGGGGUGUUGAUAAGGCUGAUGGCACAUCACUUCCACCGCCCUCUUCCGACAGCGGUGCUCUGACCCCACCGAGCACGGCCACCACACUAACUGACCUGACCAAUCCCUCUAUCACCGUAGUAACAUCAGUGACCUCUAGUUUGGACAGCCACGAAUCCGGGAGUCCCCCACAAACUACCUUGACAAACCUUUUCUAACACGGAUUUGUUUUUGUUUCCUUUGUCCCCUUUUAUUUUGAGAUUUUUUUCUUGUCCACUUUUUGGAGACCAUACAAAGACCUUUGGAAAGUAAACGAAAAUGAGAGACCUACUAAAUGUGUAGCAUUUGCAACCGCGUGGCAGCUGAGUUUGUUAGUACUUGUUAAUUACUUGUUUUUGUGUUAAAUCUGCACAGUCAUGUCAUUUGACACGGUGAGCGCUUAUACGGUUGACAUUCAGAGAUUUUAGGAAAUUAGUUCUUUUUAUUUUAUUUGAAAAAACGAUUACAUUAUAAUGUGAGUUUAAGUUUUGCAUAAGACAUUAAAAACCCACAUUUACUUAAAAAAAGGUUUACACUUUACAAUAAGGUUGUGUAAGAUUAAUGCAUUAGCUAACAUGAACGAACAAUGAGCAAUAUAGUUUUUCAGCAUUUAUUAAUUUCUUUAGUUUGUGCCACCACAGCUCUUUUGUGCAUCAACUAAUAUUAACAGAUACAACAUUUGAUUCUAAAAAGUAUCAGUAAAUGCUGAAAUGAACUAGAUUAAUUAAUGCGGCAGAAGUUUGUUCAUUGUUAAUUCAACUAAUAUUAACAAAUACAACCUUAUUAUAAAAUGUUACCAAAAAUGUAUCUGCACACAAUGUGUCAGCAUACGUGGUAUGUUUACUGCAUUUCCGCAUAUUUGGUAUGGAAAUAAAAAAUAUAUUUCUAAGAAUUUGCUGACAUAAUAUAAAUAAAAAGUAUUUAUUUGUAUUUCAAAAGAUAUUUUGAAUUGGACUCAUUCUGUAGCUCUUUUCUGUCACUGAUGCUGGACUGCAAUGAAAAAUCAAACUGUACAUCUGUACUUCAUCUGUACAGUGAUAAUGCCAGCGCCCCAUUUUGGCACGACGUGGUGCAAUAUCAGUCCUCCAGGUCAUAUUUUCGAGGUGGCCUAAUGAAUUGUUUCUGAAGUAGCAAAUUUUAACCCCGUCAGUCUGUUUGGCCUCAACUAGUGGGCCAACUGUUUUGAAUUAAGAGAUCCAGUAAAUAAAUACUCAGUGACAAUAUGGUGCCCAGUAGGAAACAUUAUGAGCGAGUCCCUCAUGCUGAAUGUAGGUUCCAGCGUGACUUGUGAAUGCUAAACAGGAAGCUCCUACUGCUUUUAUGAAUUCAGAAAAUUCAGGAUUGAUAAAAGCCCGGUGCAAGUUAAUCAGAGGAGAAACACUCCAUAAGUCACCUUUUCUUUUCCUCCCCUUUAAUAUCAAAGCACAUGAUUUUAUUUGAGUUUUUUUAAACAGACCCUUGCCACUGAACAGACCAAAAAAUAUUUAUUGUGGGUUGUUGGAGGCGCGGGGCAGUUUAAGAACAUUUCCUUGUGUGAUGAGAAGAUUUGUUCUGUUGUAGAACAAAGCGGUACACUAGAUCUACUUCAUCAAGUAGAUGCUUAACUCAGUUCUACUAUGUGCCUUAUGCGAUAACUUGGAAGAGAGUUUGUGAUAUUCAGGAGAUACAUGUUUGUUUGUUAAAUGAUUUACAUCCUUGGAACGCCUCACUAGUUUUGUACUGUUCUGUUUUCCAUCUGAUUUUGGAAGAUCUUUUUAAUAGUGUGUUCUGUUACGAGGGGGCAGCGAUGUCAUAGAAAGCAGUUGUGCACUCUUUCUGAUAUAGUUGGUAAAUCCGAGAAUCAUAUAUACUGAUCUUCGUGUUAAUAGUACAGUACGUGUUCUACCAAGAUUGUCCAUGUUUCCUUGUUUCUUGAAAAAUUAUGGUGUAUAGAAACUAUUUCCCCUUAAAUAUUUAUGGACCAAACAGUUGUUAUAUCUUAUUAAAUUUGUGUGAAUAAAAAUACUUUGCUUUACAAGAGUUUUAUUUGUCAUUACACAAAUCAUUUUCAUGUUGUUAUUCAAAGCUAAAAAAAUUCUGCUCGCACCCAAAACACCCAAGAUCGCCCUAAAUCAAAACCCUUGCACGUUUUGCUUUCAUUUUGACAUCGAUCUGAAACUAAUGUUUGUUGUUACAAAGUAAUGCCCCAUGGAUUUGAACCAAAGCCCUGUAGACAAUUAGUGAAUAAUGAGGAUUGCUUUUUAAUGCAUGAACAUUCAUAAAGUAAUACAAAUCAAAGGAAUGAUAGAAAGCAUAAAAUAAACCUUUCAAAGCAAGGUUACUCUGUAGUUUAAUAUAUUGUUACUUUAU